AUGGCCGGUCCUCCCUCUUCCAUUCUUAUCGUUGGCUCUGGAGUCUUCGGGCUCGGUACCGCCUGGGCUUUGGCCAAACGACCACACUAUUCCAGCACCUCGAUUACUGUCGUCGACGACUGCGCAGGGCAAUUUCCUCCAGAAGAUGCUGCCAGUGUAGACUCGUCUCGAAUCGUACGAGCCGACUACUCGGACCCUUACUAUGCCGCGCUUGCCGCCGAGGCGCAGAAGGAAUGGCGAAAGCAGGGUGAUCAUGAGGUCGGCGGGCAGGGACGAUAUUCCGAGUCGGGCUUUGUUCUCUGCGCGAGCGAGACUCCUCAAAACUUCAAGCUCAAGAAGUCUGGCAUGGACUACACCAAGGAGAGCGCCAAAAACGUCGCGUCGAUUGCUAAGGAGACUGGUCUGCCCGUGGAUAAGAUCCAGAAGCUGGAGAGUACCAAGGCUCUCCAAGAGUUCCUUGGCACAGACGGUUAUCCCGGAGACUGGGGCUACCUCAAUGGCAACUCUGGCUGGGCUGAUGCUGGGGAGGGUAUGAAGUGGCUCUAUAAGCAGGCCCAGGCCACAGGACGUCUUCAUUUUGUCAACGGCAAGGUGACAGAGCUCGUAACAGAGGGUGACCGAGUCAUUGGUGCGAAAUUGAGCGAUUCAAAUGUUCUCAAGGCCGAUGUGGUCAUGGUAGCUGCUGGUGCUUGGUCCGGCUCACUCGUUGACCUUCGAGGAAGAACAGAGGCUACUGGCCAUGCUGUCGCGUAUAUGGACAUCACACCGGAAGAGCAGAAGCGACUCGACAACUUCCCUGUGGUGUUGAACCUCAGCACCGGUCUCUUCCUCAUUCCUCCUCGAAAUAACGUCCUCAAGGCCGCCCGGCACACAUUCGGUUACAUUAACCCGGUCAGGAUUACCAACGCUCUUCCUCCUUCGCCCAACGAUAAGCGGGAACCUUUCAUCGCAUCCCAACCCUACACCUCUCGCAACGAUUCCUCAAAUCCUUUAACCGUCGAGGCUGACAAAGAUCUGCGCCGCGCACUCACGGAUCUGUGUCCUAUACGUGGCCUAGAAACCAGGCCAUGGAAGGAGGCUCGAAUCUGCUGGUAUUCCGACACACGAGAUGGCGAGUGGCUCAUUGACUACCACCCGGGCUGGAAGGGACUCUUCGUUGCAACAGGCGACAGCGGACACGGAUUCAAGUUCCUACCCAACUUGGGUGAGAAGAUCGUGGAUGUUAUGCAAGGCCAGGGUGGCAAGCUUGGCGAGAAGUGGCGAUGGAGAGAGAUCCAGAACGAUGGAGUCGGGAGAGAGACGAACGGGGUUUAUACUGGUUUGGUGACGGAAGAUGGUAGCAGAGGUGGACGGCCCUUGGUGCUCUGUGAUGAGCUCGAGAAGGGCAGGGCGCUUAUUGGAGACACCAAGGCCAAGCUAUGA